AUUCAGUUCAAACAUCGCAAUUGUAUAGUUCUGUCUCCUGUGGAACACAUUUCACUCAUACGCCCUCUGGUCACGGUUAUAACGAUAGUUGUGAUUGGGGUUUACUGUUGUUACACACACGCGUGACAUCAGCCCGUGUAUACGCCGGUAUUUUACCUGCCGACUAGUGUCCUCGGGAACCAGUGGAUGUGAAUGUGGGUCCUAGGACAAGGUUAUAGUGGUUUAAGCCUAGCAGCAGUAGAAGUACCAUCACAAUCCACAGACGCUCACAGCCGAAACUACAUGGACCAAAAGUGUUAGUGUUAUCUUUCUUCAGGAAGGUUUGACAAGACUAAUUAGCAAAAUGGCUAUUUAUGUCUGGGGACUUGUUGGCAUUGUGGUUUUCUACAUUGCGAUGCUAGGGGUUGGAAUCUGGGCAGGCACCAAGCAGAAAAACCAUGGUGAAGAAGAAGUCAUGUUGGCUGGCAGGAGCAUCGGCACCGUUGUAGGAUUCCUCACGUUAAUAGCAACAUGGGUAGGAGGAGCCUACAUCAAUGGCACAGCUGAGGUUAUGUUCACUACAGGAUUAGCAUGGUGCCAAGUGCCAAUAGGGUAUAGCCUCAGUAUUAUUUUAGCCAUGCUUCUGUUCGUCCGCCAGAUGCGUGAAGCCCGGUACGUCACCAUGCUGGAUCCCAUGCAGCAGAAGUAUGGAAGCCAAGUAGGUGGCCUGUUAUAUAUACCAGCAUUGUGUGGUGAUGUUUUCUGGACUGGCUCUAUCCUGAACGCCCUAGGCUCUUCGCUGGUGGUGAUUCUUGAUAUCGACAGCAGAAUAUCUGUGAUAGCCAGUGCAGUUUUUGCAGCUGCUUAUACAAUAGUUGGAGGCUUCUAUAGUGUAUCUUAUACAGACGUCCUUCAGCUAAUUCUGAUUGUCAUUGGGCUUCUGCUAUCAGUUCCAUUUGCUUAUCAGAAUGAAGCUGUGUCGAAAAAUGUGUUGUCUUCUACUAACUGGGUUGGAAAAGUGGAAAGAGCAGAUUUAGGAGAAUGGUUUGACUCUCUACUGUUGCUUAUAUUUGGAGGAAUUCCUUGGCAGGGAUAUUUUCAAAGAAUAUUUUCAAUGAAAACAACGAAGAGUGCACAAAUUUUGUCUGUUGUCUCAUUCUUUGGUUGCGUAAUUAUGGCUUUUCCUCCGGCAUUCAUCGGAAUUGUCGCCAAGAGCACAGAUUGGGCAAAUGUUGAAGGUUUUCGGAGGAAUGUUUCCGAUUCAGAAGGCGAAAUAAUUCUUCCUCUUGUUCUCCGCUACCUUACACCAAAUUGGGUGUCGUUUUUUGGUUUGGGAGCUAUCUCUGCUGCUGUCAUGUCAUCAGCUGAUGCAAGCAUCUUGUCCUCCAGUUCCAUGUUCUCCAGAAACAUAUACAAAGCUGCCUUCAGGCCUAAGGCUGGUGACCGUGAGAUGUUGUGGGUCCUGAGAAUCUCAGUUAUGGUGAUUGCUACAUUGGGAGCCAUCACUGCACUGACAGUUGGUAGUGUGUACUAUUUGUCUUACUUGUGUGCAGACCUGAUCUACGUAAUUCUCUUCCCUCAACUUUUGCUUAUCAUCCACUGGGCACAAGGUGUGAACACAUACGGCUGCCUCGCGUCCUACUUCAUCGGACUCUUCCUGAGAGUUUUAGGAGGGGAGAAGCGCCUAGGAAUUCCAGCAGUCAUAAAAUUUCCAUAUUAUGAUGAAGUUACAGAAACUCAGAAAUUUCCCUUCAAAACUUUGUGUAUGUUUUGUGCUUUAAGUGCCCACUUAUUGGUAAGCACAGCGGCUAGACUGUUAUUUGAACACAGGUACAUUGAAGCAGACAAAUGGGAUGUUCUGAAGGCCUUCCCACACCUUAAAAGUAGGAACACUGACACAGAAUUUAGGAAGGGUUUUGAUGAAAUAUCUAUGUCUGGCACAUACAAAGGGACAGAGAAAGUGGGAAUCGUAAACACAGCAGCAGUGACCGAAAAAAUAGGAAUUGUGAACACAGCAGUUGUGACUGAUUCUACUGAUGAUAUCAAAAACAGUAUUGAGACAAAAAAAGAUUAUUCAACUUCAUGAGAUUUUUUUUAUUUAGAUGCAAUUUGCAAAAGGAUCAGUCCAUUAAGAUCUUCAGAUAGGAGUCAACAAAAACAACUUUUAUGAUUGUGUGAUUUGUAAAAGCUGCUAAUGUUGGAGGAUUUAGUGUGUUGGCACUACUGUGACAUGCCUGACUUUUAUUCAGGAAAUUACCAAUUUGAAUCUCUGCUGUAGACACUAGCUAUCCUUGUUCAGGAAAUGUACAGCUUGUAGGCCACUACCAUUUUCUUUAGUAACCCUCGCUAUUUAUAAUUUAUAUUCCCCAGUGGUAAAACAACUGAGAUGCGAAUCUGACCACUUUCGUCCAUCUAGUGUUGAGGUCAAGAAAGAGUGGAGCCAUAUCUCCACUACCUCUUACAUUAUCAUGAUGUGGUGCUUAUGAAGUUAUCAGGGUCAAUUUUAUCUUUACCUUACUUUGUAAUUCAUUGUCAUUCUGUGACGUCUUUUUUAAUGUUUUAUAUACACACACACACACACACACACACACAGCAUGUUUAAUCAAUGAACAUUCAAGAACAUAAUUAUUAAAUAGUUAGGACAGAUAUCUGAUAAACUUUGUUUUAUUUUAACUUAUCUAUAAAGUAAUUUCUACAUCUCCAAGCAAACGUGAAUACUGCUUUCUGAAUACCGCCCAAUCCAUCAUUUGUUACUACCCUCAUGUCGAUUAGUACUGGAAGACUUCAGUAAUUUAGGCUUGAACAUUGAAUAAAUUACAUACAUAUCUGCAUCUAUUGCCAUA